AUGGCCUCUUGCCCCCAAAACUACAGCCAUCCCCUACCCCUCCACCGCCGUCCCCCACCAUGCAUCCUCCUCCUUCGAGACCCCCACCAUUUCUCCCUCCUCAACCGCCCCCUCCCCGACAACUUCCACUUCCUCAAAAUGUGGGAGUCGCCGCUCCCCUUCGACGACUUCCUCUCCUCCGCCGAUGCCCGCUCUGUCGAGGCGAUCCUCACCUCUGGCCUGGCUCCCGUCACCGCUGACAUGCUUCGUCGGCUCCCGGGGGUUCACCUCGUUGUCAAUGCUAGUGUGGGCCUCAACCACAUCAACCUAGCCGAAUGUUGGAGGCGAGGGAUUGCAGUCACCAGCGCGGGGGACACGGAGUCGGAGGAGGUGGCGGACUUGGCAGUCGGGCUAUUGAUCGACGUCCUGAGGAAGGUCUCGGCGAGCGACCAGUCCGUGAGGCGCGGAUUGUGGAGUAGUGAGGGAGCAUUUGCCCUCGGAUCAAAGCUGGGAGGCAAGAGAGUCGGAAUUGUUGGAUUGGGAAGGAUUGGCUUGAAAGUUGCUAAGAGGGUUGAGGCCUUUGGACGCGCCAUUUCAUACAACUCGAGGGAGAAGAAGCCACAAAUUUCGUACCCCUUCUAUUCCAAUGUUCGUGAUCUCGCCGCCAACAGCGAUGCCCUCGUAAUCUGUUGUGGCCUGACCGAGCAAACCCACCACAUGGUCGAUAGGGAAGUGCUAUUAGCUCUGGGGAAGGAAGGUGUGAUUGUCAACAUCGGGCGUGGACCGAUUAUUGAUGAGAAGGAAAUGGUGCAACUUCUAGUCCAGGGACAGCUCGGAGGCGCCGGGUUAGAUGUGUUUGAGAAUGAGCCUGAUGUUCCUGAGGAGCUCCUUGGUCUUGAUAAUGUCGUAUUGUCCCCACAUGUGGCGGAUUUUACCCCGGAAACAGUAUCGAAUUUGUGUGAUCUCAUCGUCGGGAACUUGGAAGCUUUCUUCUCAAAUAAGCCCUUGUUUUCUCCUGUAUUGGAUGAGUGA